AUGCCUACCUUCCAAAACCCUCAUUUGGUCGAGCACACACAACUCAAACGUCCUUUAGCUGAGGGAAAUGAGGGGACCAAAAAAUGUCCCUGCCUAGAGAAAGCUGCGACCGUCUCUCUUUCUGCUCCUCCAUCUCUGGUCAAGGUCGGCCAGGAAGAACUUGUGUCCUAUCUCCGAGACAUUGUUCCUGCUGCCGACCUCAACGAUGAUAGUUUGGAUUUGCAAACCCGGGUCGAUCUUAUUCCUCUGGUCGACCAGACUGUGACCAGUGCAGGGCACUCGAUCCCCAAGCUCGAGAAGGGGAUCGACGUUCUGCAGCCAAAGUUAAUCAGGAUACCGUUUGUUAUCACGAGCUUCCCGCUUCGUAGAGGAUAA